CGACCUACCGGCACUCUCUCUCUCUCUCUCUCGCCAACGCCACGCCUAUAUAUUCGUCCUGUUUCGAACGUCGUGGACAACGUGAGCUUUCUCUCUCUCGGUGAAGGGAGGAAGGCUUGCGGCGAGAAUCGCGGUUUCUCCUCUGCGUACGCGCGACGCCGCGGGCACGGAUACGGGUUGGCGGGGCGGAGGGGGGGGGAUUCGUAUUUUGUCAUCCUUGUCAUCGAUGCACCGGGAGCUGUUCUGUCAAACAAUAGAAGCGAAUCGUGUCCGACGUGCCGUGGCAGUGAAUCGCUCUCCCAACGUCGUUCGGCAUGGGAGACGGCAAGGAGGGCGAGCGGCAGCCGCUGCUGAAGAACGAGAACGUCACGUACAGCUCGCACGGCAACGAUGCGAUUGACGAGCAAACGCAGUCCACUGUGCACACCGUCUCGACGAUCGGGCCGGACGAGCUGCCGCCGCCGUACCAAUCGGCUAUCCAGGGCGGUAUGCCGAUGGUCACCUGCAGGGUCUGUCAGGCGAUGAUAGACAUCUCCGGCAAGCGGGAUCAGCACGUCGUUAAGUGUUGUCAGUGUAACGAGGCCACACCCAUACGAAACGCUCCGCCCGGAAAGAAGUACGUGCGAUGUCCGUGCAAUUGUCUGCUCAUAUGCAAGAGCUCCUCACAGCGCAUCGCCUGCCCCAGGCCAAAUUGUAAACGUAUCAUCAAUCUGGCCCCGAGCCCCAUCACGCCGCCGGUACUGUCCAUGCCAGGCAUGUGCAGGGUAGGCUGUGCCCAUUGCCAUGACACAUUCUUGUUCAACACGUUAAACAACGCCCUGGCUCGAUGUCCACAUUGCCGUAAGAUAUCUUCCGUCGGUCCAGACUUCGCUAGAGGAAGAGGGAUCGUAUUCAUUAUCGUUGGGCUUAUAGCCUUAGUAAUUGCUACAGCGAUAACGGUCGGGACCUAUAAAUAUGUAAAAGUAAAUGGUGGAAUUUACGUAGCUUACGUUGGUGCAUUUCUACUGGCGAUCCUGUGCUUGGCCCGCAGCCUUUACUACUGCACGAUGAAGAUCAGUUUGAUAGAGGGUCCCAUGUAGUCUCCCUGAAGCAACAGUGAACAAACCAACAAUACAAAAUCAAUCCCCACUGAGAUGAAUGUCAUGUAAAACCUAUUUAGAACAAAUGUUUAUAGCAAUGUGACAUUUCAAGUCAUUUUUUGAGGCAGACGGAAAACGAUAGGUGUAUACACAUGGCCAUAUGUGCGUAUGCAGAUCUUGUAUUGUUUAUGAUAAAUGCAUGUAUACAUUCUUAUAUAAUACGCAUACACAUAUGAACGUGUUUCGUGAUCGGGAAGAAAGCAAAUGUUUUUGCGGCGCUUUCCUCAGGUAAGAUAACGAUUGUAGGAAAUCUUUCUCGGCAGCCCGUAUUUUACGAGGAGUUGUUCCUGUGCACUUUUAUAUGUACAAGCGUAGGGGCAAUGGCUAUGGGCGCUCCGAGUUUUAUUUUCAACCUACUGACUAGAGAAUACGCUCUAUAUAAAUAUAUAUAUAUAUAUACAUACAUACAUACAUACAUACAUACACACAUACAUACAUACAUACAUGCUUUCUAUAACACAUUACGCGUAACGAGUGCACAUAGAUAGAAUCAAAGUGCAAACGUGCUCAUAUUAUUCCAAACGUACGUAUAAAGUAAGUUUUAAAGCCCAUCUAUAUGAGUCUGUACGAAUCUGUUUUUAAAUUUAUUCUUACAUUCUAUAUGAAAAUAUCUGUAUUGAAAGCAUUAAAAAAAAAAACCGCAAAUUGUUUCAAAUAAAUUUAUGGGUUUAUAUGGAUUUUUUGUAGCAUACAUGAAUGAAGUUAUGAGAGGUAUAAGUGAUGUACCAGUGUAUAUAUUAAUAAUAAUAUUAUAGAUAUAUUAUAUAUCGCACUUAAGUAAUAUAAAUCCAAAUACUGAAUUCCCCUGGUUAUUACACGAAAGGUGCUGUGCGAGACAAUUUAUUAUUUUUUUUUUUUUCUUUAGUUUUUACUGUCAUAAGGUACACAAGGUGAUUUUGUCGGUCGUGGAAAAUUAAAAUAUAUUCCUGUUAGUCGGCGAUUUUCGUCAUGUAACUCUCGUGUAAUCUGCAAUGCUCGUUCAAAUGCAACUCUUUGUUUUAGACAACUCUUUAUUCUCAACUCUAUAUAAGUUUCCUUAAAAAUAUGUUAUACUUGUUGAAAAAAUAAAUUCCGUUUGGUAAAAAAAA